CUGCCCUGCCAACUACAGUGAUAAGUACAGCACUGAGGAAAUCUGCCCUCUGACCUUGACCUCGCACCACGAAACCAGCAUGGCGAUCGGGCAGCUUUUAGGAUUCUUUGGCGCGGCUCUGGCUCUCGCGAGCCGCGCAACAGCGCACGGCAAUCCUCACCAGAAACCGCUCACGGUGCCCGCGGACGCGCCGUGGGCCGUGCGGCACAUGGCUGAGGAGCACCACAUUGCAGAUUUCGACGCCGGGGCGUUCUUCCAGCUUCAUGAUUACGACGGCAGUGGCGGCUGGGAAGCAGCGGAGAUACUGAAGACGUAUGGGUUUGAGGACCCGAGUCUUGCGAACGUGGGCAGUGAGAAGAGAGAUGAGGUGUUGAGGGAGGUGCUAGACUUGCUGGAUGGGGAUGGGGAUGGGGUGGUGCAGCGUGGUGAGUGGGAGGCGUUCACGAGCCAGGGGAAGACGUUGCCGGAUUUUGGGCUGGGGCCGGGUCAUCAUUGGGAUAUGGAGACGGAGUAUGAGAUUCAUCAUUGGGAGAGAUACCACGACGAGAAUACCAAGAUGGAGGAUCUGGUACACCCGGAGGAUAUCGAGCAUUUUAAGAAACAUGAUGAACUGGAGGAUGAGGAAGCCAGGGUCGCAGCCUUGGAUAAGUUGGCGAUUGUGGAGCAGAACAUACCACGGAAGUUCAGGAGAGAUUGAGCGCCAUCUUUC